AGUCACAAUAGAAAGCUUUGAAGCAGCGUGUAUGCAGGCGGUUAUUUUCCCUCUCCGUGUGUGUGUGUGUGUGAACUUUGAACCAGAGGGGGGAGAGAGAGGACUGCAGCCACAGGAAGGAGAGUUUGAAUAAAGGAGCAGGACUGAGGACCGGUGUCUCUGUGCCAUGGACCUGAUCCUGCACCGACAACAACAACAACACACUCCACACACUCUCACCGGCUCCAACUGAAGCCUCACCACCGGAGCCGUUUACCAAUUUAUAUAUACUUUUUUAAAACUUUUUUUCUUGAAUUAUUUUGUAUUGAAUCCGCGGAAACAUAGUCCAGACCUCAGCAACCUAGAGAUGUUCCUGCGGAGAUGUUCCCCCUGGUGCCUCCUGGUUCUCCUCUCCACUCUGCUCCAGGGCGCAGGCUGCACCAACACCAACAGCAGCCACGGAGACGUUUUCCUGGAGAAUAUUUUGAAAUUUUACGGGGAAAAUUCCUUCAUUUCCACGGCUGAUCUGGAGAACCUGCUGCUGGUGAUCUCAAAGAGGAGGUCGGAGUCCGUGAGUGAAGAGAACCCUCUGGCUGACCAAGAGUGUCUCUCGGCCGAGCAGAUUCUGUCCCACUUUGGCUUCAGUAAUGUGAGUCAGCUGACUGUGGGACAUCUGGGGAGUAUCUGUCCUGCCGUGUUGACCCAGGUGCUGCUGCCCUCCUGCCCCUACACACCACCAACCCCCCCGCUCUCUAUUGACAACUCUGUGUGGGGUUAUGGCUUUCUGGCCGUCACCAUCAUCAACCUGGCGGCUCUGCUGGGCCUUCUACUGAUCCCCUUCACCAAAAAGUCUUAUUUCCCCAAAGUCCUGACCUACUUUAUUGGCCUGGCCAUCGGAACACUCUUCUCCAACGCCGUGCUUCAGCUUAUACCAGAGGCUCUGGGAUUCGACCCCAAAUCUGACAACUAUGUGCACAAUGCAGUUGGGAUAUUUGGAGGUUUUUACAUCCUCUACUUUGUGGAGAAGGUUCUGAAACUGGCUUUGCGCAUGGACCAUGAGCAUGGCCACAGUCACUUUAUUCCUGGAGAGACGCCUCAGGAGAAUGGAGACGCCGUGGAGGGAAAAGGGACGGUUUAUUUGAACAGCAUUAGCACCAUCACCUCAGACAAGAGCACGCUGAGCCUGGACACCAACCUGACGACGUCUCAGGAUGUCCAGAUGUCCACUGUGUCCUGUCACUGGCUGCGUGGGAAGAAUGUUGCCAACAUCAAGACCAUUGCCUGGAUGAUAACACUGAGUGACGCUGUACACAACUUCAUAGACGGCCUGGCCAUCGGUGCCUCGUUCACUGUGUCCAUACUGGCAGGAUUCAGUACUUCCAUUGCAAUCAUGUGUGAGGAGUUUCCACAUGAGUUGGGUGACUUUGUGAUCCUCUUGAACUCCGGUAUGAGCAUUCCACAGGCCAUCUUCUUCAACCUGCUGUCGGCGGUGUCCUGUUACAUCGGCCUGGUCUUUGGAAUUCUGUUGGGAAGUGCAUUUGCCCCUAAUGCAAUCUUUGCCAUCGCAGGAGGAAUGUUCCUGUACAUUGCACUGGCAGAUAUGUUUCCAGAGAUGGAAAGCAUAAGUCGGGAACAAAAACGAAACUCUUCCAAGAUCAUCUUCUUCCUGAUUCAGAACGCUGGCCUGCUAAGCGGGUUCUUCAUCAUCCUCAUGAUCACCAUGUUUGCUGGAAGCAUCAACCUGGGCUAACACGGAGCCGCACAGGGACUCAUCCAGGAAAAUUAAAUUUGAAAAACGUUUUACGCUGCUUAGGAAGUCUGAACAGGAAACAUGAAUGUAACAGGAAUUUUUGUACAAAAAUUAAGGUAUUGAAGUUAAAAAAAAAUCUAUUUUAUUUUAUUUUUGACUAUCAGUAUAGUGUGAAGUUACCUCCAUGAAAUGGAGAAAUCUUUUAUAAUCAUUUCUGUAUGCAAUCUAGAAAAAUUGUUAUAAAGGGAACAAUAAAUUAUUUUUCCAGACUUAA